AUGAACGUCACCCAGGUGUUGGAGAGCACUCUGUCGCCAGAUGCGACGGCACGUGCAAAUGCUGAGCAGCAACUUAUUCAUGCGGCGGAAGUCGACUUCGCCCAAUAUCUCAUCACUCUCGCCCAAGAGUUGGCGAACGAAAACACUGCGUCCCACAUCAGAACGGCUGCCGGUCUUGCUUUGAAGAACGCUUUCACGUUUAGGGAUCUUGCUCGGCUACGUGAGGUGCAAGGAAAAUGGCUUCAGCAGAUCAGCCCCGAAAUCAAGGCACAGGUGAAGGAGUUGGCUCUCAAAACACUCAACUCCAAGGAUGGUCGAGCCGGCCAGUCAGCCGCUCAGUUCAUUGUCUCCAUCGCAGCCAUCGAACUCCCACGGAACGAGUGGCCCGAUCUUAUGAAUAUUCUUGUUCAGAAUGUCGCUAGUGGCUCCGAUCAACUGAAGCAGGCCUCGCUAAUUACGAUCGGUUUCAUCUGCGAGUCUCAGGACGGCGAGCUGCGGGAGAGUCUGACCGCACACUCCAACGCCAUACUGACUGCCGUUGUCCAGGGCGCACGUCGUGAAGAGUCCAACUUGGACAUUCGCAAUGCCGCUAUCAAGGCACUCAGCGACUCCGUAGAUUUUGUGCGGUCGAAUAUGGACAACGAAGGCGAGCGGAAUUACAUUAUGCAGGUGGUCUGCGAAGCUACGCAGGCUGACGAUCUUCGCAUCCAAUCUGGAGCAUUCGGAUGCCUGAACCGUAUCAUGGCGCUGUACUAUGAAAAAAUGCGCUUUUACAUGGAAAAGGCCUUGUUUGGCUUGAGCGUUAUGGGCAUGAAGAGUGAAGAGGAGGAUGUCUCCAAGCUUGCUAUUGAGUUUUGGUGCACAGUCUGUGAAGAGGAAAUUGCUAUUGAGGAUGACAACGCUGCGGCUCAGGAGGAGGGAGUGGCUGAAAUGCGCCCAUUCUUUGGAUUUGCUCGCGUCGCUUGCAGAGAAGUCGUCCCGGUUCUUCUGCAGGCUAUGUGCAGGCAGGACGAGGAUUCUACCGACGACGAGUACAAUGUCUCUCGAGCCGCUUAUCAGGCUUUGCAGCUUUACGCUCAGUGUGUUCAGGGCGACGUUAUUCCCCCUGUGCUCGCAUUCAUCGAGGAGAAUAUCCGUCAUGAAGACUGGCGCCAUAGGGAUGCUGCAGUGGCCGCCUUCGGCGCUAUCAUGGACGGACCCGACCCCAAAAUCCUUGAACCCCUGAUUAAACAAGCCUUGAGUGUCCUUGUUGGCAUGAUGGAGGACAGUUCUAUCCAGGUCCGCGAUUCGGCGGCCUAUGCCCUUGGUCGCGUAUGCGACUUCUGCUCUGAGACUCUAGACCCUGACGUGCAUUUACAACCUCUCAUUACUUGCCUCUUCAACGGCCUUGCCAGUACCCCGAAGAUUGCGAGCUCCUGCUGUUGGGCCUUGAUGAACGUUGCCGAUCGAUUUGCCGGUGACGUUGGCGCGCAGACAAACCCUCUGUCGAAGCACUUCGAGGAAAGCGUGAAGUCACUUCUUACGCUGACCGAAAGACAAGAUGCGGACAACCAACUACGUACGGCUGGAUACGAAGUCCUAAACUCCUUCGUGACCAAUGCCGCCAACGACAGUCUUCCGAUGGUCGCCAAUCUCUCGAACGUUAUUCUCCAGCGAUUGGAGCAUACUAUCCCUAUGCAACAGCAAGUGGUCAAUGUCGAGGAUCGCAUCACUUUAGAGGAGAUGCAAACGAGCUUGACUAGCGUACUUCUGGCCAUUGUUCAACGGCUUGAAACCGAAAUUAAGCCACAGGCCGACCGCAUAAUGCACGUGGCGCUUCAGAUUUUGAGCACUGUUCCCCCCAAGUCCAGCGUUCCCGAUGUGGUUUUCGCCACUGUGGGUGCCAUUGCUGGCGCUUUGGAGGAAGAGUUUAUUAAAUAUAUGGACUCUUUCACUCCAUUCCUCUACAACGCUCUCGGCAACCAAGAGGAGCCUGCUCUGUGCUCAAUGGCCAUCGGUUUGGUCAGUGAUAUCGCCCGGGCUUUGAAUGAGAAGGUCCAACCUUACUGCGAUACGUUCAUGAAUUUCUUGCUUGAAAAUUUGAGGAGCUCGACGAACCAGCUGAAGCCUGCCAUCCUAGAGACCUUUGGAGACAUCGCUCAGGCCAUUGGAACACAGUUUGACACCUAUCUGACUGUCGUUGCUCAAGUUCUUCAACAAGCAUCGACUGUGACCGCCAGUCCAGAUGUCAACAUGGAGAUGCUGGACUACAUAAUUUCGCUUCGUGAGGGCAUCAUGGAUGCUUGGGGUGGCAUCCUUCUCGCGUACAAGGGCAAGCCACAGAUCACCCAACUUCAAGCUCAUGUUGAAGCCAUCUUUCAGUUGCUCCACACAGUGUCCCAGGAUCCUUCCCGUACUGAGGGGUUGAUGAGAGCAUCUAUGGGUGUCCUUGGUGAUCUCUCGGAUGCGUUCCCUAAUGGGGAGUUUGCCGCGUUCUUCCGCAAUGACUGGGUGACUAGCUUGGUCACUGAGACACGAAAGAACAGAGAGUUCGGCCCACGUACAAUUGAAACUGCCCGGUGGACUCGUGAGCAGGUCAAGCGCCAAAUUAGCUUGUCCACCGCGGCUGCCAUGGCCUAA